AUGUCCUCCGCGACCCCCCGGAAGUCCAUUGACAGCUUGGCUUCAGGCGCAUCGACUCCCUCCUUGUCUCAAUUCUCGCUAAAUCAGAUCGAAUCCCCGCGGGCGCCGACUCAGAGGUACCCUCUCAGGAGAGGGUCGACUGCCAGCUCGAUUGCCAGUAUCGGAGGGAUUUUGGAUCCUUCCCACCGUCACGGAUCGAUAGCUGAGUCCGGGCAAAAUGCCAUCUCUACUCUCCUGCAACCUCCCAUUGUCCGCACCGGCCUAGUUCCCCAUACCGCAGUCCCCUCCGCCGGAUACAAGCCCCCAACUACUCGCGAUAUACCUCCUGUCACAUUGACCAACAUUCCACAUGUGGAUCCCAAAGCGUUCGAAGCCUACUUGUCGCAGGUUGGGUCGUUGUAUGAUGUCUUCCAACAAGCAAAGGAAAGCGCCGGUGAUCAGGAGUCGCAGCUAGCGCGGGGUAGCGACAAGUCUUCACCCAAGGCAGAGGACUCUGAUUCAUUGGCUCCAAGGUCCAGGGAGAGGCGACCAUCGGCCAUUUCAACCAAUUCAAGAGCAACUUCUCCGUACGAUACCCGGGGUCGAAAACGGUCGUUUGCCGGUCCCGGUCGCGGUCGCGGUCAUGCUAUUACACCACUAUCUACCAUUCCGACGGUCUACUUCGAGGACGACUUCCACCUAGAGAACCCGCGCACAUUCGAUGUUGUUUCGGAGAAAUCAGAGAUCGUUACACCAUCAAAGGAUAAGUCAGAGAAUGGUGCUGCUCUGGAACCGGCUCCUACGGGUAGAAAGGCUCUGGCUACGAAUGCCAUUCUACAAGAGAAGCUUUCAUGGUACAUGGACACUGUGGAAAUUCACCUUAUCUCUUCGAUCUCGACGGCGUCUAAAUCUUUCUUCACCGCGCUAGGGUCACUACGGGAGCUGCAUGCAGAAGCUGCCGACUCGGUCAAGCGGAUCCAGGUUCUGCGCAAGGAUUUGCAGAAAAUUGACCGUGAGAUGGCCCUUGGUGGACUCAAGAUUGUGAAUCUGCGACGGAGGAGAGAAAAUGUCCGUAUGCUUGCUGAUGCAGUAUCGCAACUCCGUGACGUCGUUCAGUCGGUUUCCCAAUGCGAGGAACUAGUCGAGACCGGCAAGAUCGAGGAGGCUGCAGAUGGCUUAGAAGAGGUGGAACGGCUCAUGGCCGGAGAGUAUACUCCUGGCUCUUCCGAGGGCAACGAGAAACAAGAACAAUCGAGAAAAGCCAUUGAUUUGCGCAAGCUCAAGGCCCUGGAAGGCGCAUCUGACGACCUGGCGCAUCUGAGAUACCGCAUUGGCACAGGAUAUGAGAGCCGUUUCUUGAGCGACCUGCUGGGAGAUCUGAGGCGGCAUGUCGAAACCGUGCCUUUGGAUACAACAUUACAACGAUGGGGCUCUGCGUUCCUGCGACAGCGGGGAGGACAGCGCACAGGGGCUACACAAGCCCCAGCAUAUAUGGCCUUCGAUGACCAAUUACGGUCCCGGCUGCACCUGCAUCUCACAGGGCUUGCUCGCGUGCGUCAUACGACUCCUGCAGCGACCGCUUUCAAGACUGCGGUUUUGCGAGAGAUGAAGAGUCUGAUUCGCAAACACAUGCCCAGCUCGAGUGAUGACGAUAACGAAUCAGUGGUAUCUGUAUCCACGCAAAAGUCCCAGCAGCUCAGCCAGCAGGAAAAAUCUUCAAUUCUUGCGCGUAACCUCAGGGCUUUGGAUGCCCAAGACUCAUACAACAUGCUUGCUCGCGUAUACACGGGUAUCAGUGAGUCGUUGCGGAGACUCAGUGUUCAAGUCAAGGUUCUUCUGGAUAUUGCCAGUGGGUUGGAAAACCCGGCCGCCAUUGGUGUGAAGUCCGGCCCACCAAGCCCUAAUCCUCAGGGUCCAGGCAAACCUGCAACCCCGGGCCCUGUAGCCGUUGUGGCACAGGACGAGAUUCUGCAGGUCCUGGAUAUGUCCAGCCUUCUUGGCCAAGCCGUCGAUAUUGCGCAAUCCCAGGUCACCAAGGUUUUGAAGGUUCGGUCUGAACAGACAUCUCAGCUACCAAAGGAUGAAUUCUUGAAGUACUUCACCCUCAAUCGGCUCUUCGCUGAUGAGUGCGAAGCCAUCUCCGGGCGUAGCGGUACCGCCUUGAAGACUGUUGUAGGCAACCAAAUCAAAGAUUACAUCAACCGGUUUGGAGACGGGCAGCGACGCCGUGUGGUCGAGGUAAUGGACGCGGAUCGAUGGGAUGCAAGGGACUUUGGAGAAGCCGACAAUGCUAUUCUUGAUCGCAUCCUUGGCGCUAGUACUAGAGAUAUUGAUGUCUGGGUCGACGCAUCCAAGAUUUGGCUGCCCGAGAACGAACGCCAACAACCCUCUCCGGCUAGCACAACAACUGUCAACGGGUCCGGAAAAGAGAAGACGCGCAGUGCCGUGAUCGAUGAGCAGAAGUACAUUUUGUCCGAGUCUGCUGUUGCAAUGAUGAAAAGCAUCGAGGAAUAUCAAUAUCUCAUGGCAAAUAUACCCAGCAUGAUGCAAGACAUUGCGCCUGGUUUGUUAGAGUCACUAAAGCUGUUCAACUCCCGAUCUUCUCAGUUGAUCCUGGGCGCAGGGGCUACUAGAAGCGCAGGUCUCAAGAACAUCACCACCAAGCACUUGGCUCUGUCAUCUCAAGCGCUCAGUUUCAUCAUUGCCUUGGUUCCCUAUAUCCGAGAGUUCGUCCGCCGCCAUGCACCUUCUAGCCCACUGAUGGGCGAGUUCGACAAGGUGAAGCGGCUGUAUCAGGAACACCAGUCCGGUAUUCACGAGAAACUCGUCGAUAUUAUGGGAUCUCGAUCAGCCAUCCAUGUCAAUGCUAUGAAGAAGAUUGACUGGAACGCGCCCGCAGGGGGCAGUGCUGUGAGCCCGUACAUGGAAACCCUGACGAAGGAAACCGGCACGCUGCAUCGUGUGCUGAGCAAACAUCUCCCCGAUAUGACGGUCAUGAUGAUUAUGGAUUCCGUGUUCAGCAGCUACCGAGAGCAGUGGACAAAGGCAUUCGAAGAGGUCACCGUGACUUCGGAGACUGCCAAGGAACGAUUGCAACGCGACGCAGAAUAUCUGCAGACAAAGCUCGGCAAGAUCAACGGUUUCGGUGAUCUGGGCCAGCGUCUCGUUGAAUUGGUGAAGCAAAAGAAGAUCACCACAGAAUCCAAGGAUGCCACCGACUCGUCCGGAAAGUCGUCGCCUGAUUCCAACGGCUCAUCAAAGAAACAAUCCUAA